AUGCAUAUGCGUGAUGCGGACGUAUUGUUUUCACUUGAUGUUGUCUCGCUGUUCACCAACAUUCCGUUAGACUUGGCUUUGGAUGGUGUAAGGAAGAGGUGGGAUAGCAUUAAGGAUCACACCAAAAUCCCGUUGGAUCCUUUCAUUCGAGCCCUUGAAUUUGUCUUAUCUUCAACCUUCUUCGAUUUCAAUGGUAUUACUUACCAACAAACCUUUGGAACUCCCAUGGGAUCGCCUCUCUCGCCAAUUAUUGUCGACAUCGUCUUACAAGAUCUUGAGACUCAUUGCCUGAAUUCGUUAAACAUAACUCCUCCUUUCUAUUUCCGUUAUGUUGAUGACAUCUUAAUGGCAGCUCCGAGAGAGCAUAUUGAUCCCAUUUUCAAUUGUUUCAAUUCCUACCAUCCAAGGCUAAAAUUUACCAUUGAGAUCGAGGAGGGUAGAUCAAUUAACUUCUUGGACACUUCAAUUUCUGUGAUAAACAACAAAUUGUUACUUAAUUGGUAUCACAAACCAACAUUUUCGGGCCGUUAUUUAAACUUCUUUUCGCAGCAUCCAUUGAAUCAAAAAAUAGGUAUUAUUUACGGCAUAAUAGACAGAGCAGUUCUCCUUUCACAUCCAUCUUUCCAUAAUGGAAAUUUAAUAAAAGCAAUCCAAAUUUUAUUAGCUAACGAUUACCCUCUAGACCUUAUUUUUAAAACUGUAAGAAGGAGAUUACAUUGUCUAUUCUCAGGCAAACUCAAUGUGGUGAAUGGCGAGUACAAUCCAGAGAGUGAACGUUUGAGUGGUGCGAGAGGUUACUUUACCUUGCCAUUUGUUUCGGGCACUACUGAUUCCAUUUCUAAGUCGUUAAAAAGAAAUGAUUUUAAGCUCUCUUUCAGAAUUUUAAAUACAUUAAGGAACUUUAUUAAAGUCCACAAGGAUGAUCUCAGUCAUGACUCAUUGUGUAAUGUUGUUUACAAAAUAAACUGUUCAUCUUGCGAUGCUUCAUAUGUUGGACAAACUAGUAGACAAUUACGUACUAGAAUUUCUGAACAUCAUAAAAAUAUUUAUCUCAAUCAAAACCGUCAAUCAGUUGUAAGCAAGCAUCGCAAUGAGUUCGGUCAUGAUUUUUUGUGGAACGAAGUUGAGGUUUUAGACACCGAGCAUUUCCUUCAGAGAAGAUUGGUUUCCGAAAUGUUGAACAUAAAAAUGCAAAAAAAUUGCAUAAAUUCCAUGACGGAUACCGAAUUAUUAGAUCCGGUUUAUACUUCCCUGAUUGAGAAGUUUGGUAGUUAG